AACGCGCAUGAAGAAGGAGAAAGCUAAUUUCAUCGAACCACAGUUUUGUAAAUUAUACGAGGUUUUUAACCACCAAAAUGUCUCAACUAAAUGUGUUCAGGAAUUUUAUCAAUGAGCGAUUAACAACGUCAGCUUUAGAGAUAUUCGCAGCCGCUGAAAAAUUGUUUGCCGAGUUCGAAGAGGAGAUUUGUCGUUCAAAGGAGAAGAGCACGCGACUGCAACGCUUGUUGGACAUUGUUACUCAACCUGAGAUCAAGCUUCACCGAACAGAUGUGCAGCAGCUCUCUCUCCCGGAACCCCAACAGAUUAAAGAGGAACAGGAGCUCUGGACCAGUCAGGAGGAAGAGCAGCUCCAAGGACUGCAGUCUGAAACUACACACUCCAUGUUCACUUCUACCAGUGUGAAACACGACUGGGAUCAGGAGGGCUUUUCUGAAUGUUCACAUCUUGACCAAACUGUUAAAGUAGAGAACAGAGAAGGAGACUCUCUACCCAGCAACACAACUGAGGAGCAAAUCAAAGCAGAGCCUGAUGGACAAGACUAUGCAGCACCAGAACCAGGCAGUGACUCUCAGCCCCUCUCUGUUGUAUUUCCAGACUGUUCUACAGCUCAGAGUUUGGAGGAGGAAGAACAUGAAGGAGUGCUGCUUCUUCUGAACAGAACACAAGACAAUGAGGCUCUGCCAAGGGAACAUAUGCCACAGAGACGUCACACCGGAAAAACAAAACAUCAGUGUCAACAAUGUAACAAAACUUUUAGUGGAAAAGGUGCUUUGGUUUUUCAUAUGAGGAAACACACAGAAGAUAAAUCCAAUCACUGUAAACAAUGUAACAAACCGUUUGCUAAGAAGGGUAAUCUGGUUCAACACAUGAAGACACACACAGGAGAGAGACCUUUUCAAUGCCAGGAAUGUAGCAAACUAUUUGCUCGAAGGGAUACUCUACGUUUACACAUGAGGACACACACAAGCGAGAAACCAUAUAAGUGUCAACAAUGUAACAAAUCAUUUUGUCGUCCAUAUAGUUUGGUUGCGCACAUGAAGAAACACACAGGAGAGAAACCUUUUCAGUGUCAACAAUGUAACAAAACUUAUAGUGAAAAAAGUACUUUGUUUUUUCAUAUGCGGUUACACACAGGAGAAAAGCCUUAUCAGUGUCAACAAUGUAACAAACGGUUUCCUCGGAAGGGUAAUCUGGCUAUUCAUAUGAGGACACACACAGGAGAGAAACCAUAUAAGUGUCAACAAUGUAACAAAUCAUUUAGUCGUCCAUAUGGUUUGGUUGCGCACAUGAAGAAACACACAGGCGAGAAACCUUUUCAGUGUCAACAAUGUAACAAAACUUAUAGUGAAAAAAGUACUUUGUUUUUUCAUAUGCGGUUACACACAGGAGAAAAGCCUUAUCAGUGUCAACAAUGUAACAAACGGUUUCCUCGGAAGGGUAAUCUGGCUAUUCAUAUGAGGACACACACAGGAGAGAAACCAUAUCAAUGUCAACAAUGUAACAGACAGUUUUCAAUGAAUAGUAGUUUGGUUGUGCACAUGAGGACACACACAGGAGAGAAACCAUAUCAAUGUCAACAAUGUAACAGACAGUUUUCAAUGAAGUGUAAUCUUGUUGUGCACAUGAGGAUACACACAGGAGAGAAACCUUAUCAAUGUCAGAAAUGUAGCAAACACUUUUCUAAAAGUAGUUAUCUGUAUGCACACAUGAGGACACACGUUUUUCGGACAGAGCUUCCUCCUUUAUCUUACCAUUAAGAGUUCUCUUAAAUAGCAGUAAAAGUUCUUCAGCAGAGUUUCCUCCAAAAACAUAUUCUCAAAGCUGCUGAGACUGGUGGGAAUGGGGAGAAAUGUUGAGCUAAAACAAUGGAACUUGUUGCUAUGGAUGAUGUCAAGAAGCUUACUAACUAUGCCCACAGUGAUUGGCUAAUAGGGGGAUGGAUCUCUGUAAAUGAUUUCAUUAUAGGAAUAUUGUAUGAGAUAUUAAACAAAGGAACUUGUUGCUAUGGAUGAUGUCAAGAAUCAGAGGGGGGUCAGAUGGCUGAGCGGUCAAGGAAACGGGCUAUUAAUUGGAAGGUUGCCGGUUCGAUUCCUUGGCCGUGGCAGAUGACUGUGUCCUUGGGCAAGGCAAUUCACCCUACUUGCCUCGGGGAGGAUGUUCCUGUACUUACUGUAAGUCGCUCUGGAUAAGAGCGUCUGUUAAAUGACAAUGUAAAUGUAAGAAGCUUACUAACUAUGCCCACAGUGAUUGGCUAAUAGGGGGAUGGAUCUCUGUAAAUUAUUUCAUCAUAGGAAAUAUUGUAUGAGGUAUUAUGUUGCAAUAUGUAAAGAUUUAGAUAGCACUUUUUUUCUAUGUUCAAAUAAAGAUGUUCAUUUGUA